AGGAGGGGGGGGGGUGUGUUUAGCUUGGGACCCGUCGGUUCUGUUCGCCGUUCAGUUUGUUUCUGGGCAAUGUUUCCAAGAGUGUUAGCGGUCCUGCCGCUUCGUCCCCGUCCCCCACUGUGCUCUGGAGGUCCAGAGGUGGCGGCUGCGAUUGCGCUUCUCCAUGCCCCGCAAGGACCGGUCAGGACGCAAAAUAACACCCAAAGGUACUUUGGCACUAACAACAGGACCUACAGCAAGAAAGAUGGGCAGUCCAUUCCAACCCGUGAGAUUCCCAAGGAGACAGAGAGCCAAGACAGCGUGAAGGAGGAUGGGAAAAGAGGCUUGUUAAACAUCAUUAAGGGCAUGAAAGUUGAGUUAAGUACAGCGAAUGUGCAGACCACAAAGCCACCCAGCAGAAAAGCACUUAAACAUUUGGAGGCUACGACUGGCAAGCUUCAGAAAGCUAUGGGAGAUGACCCAAAGAAGAGAAGUGACUCACUGAGCCCGGAGUUGGUGGCGGCCGCCUCUGCUGUCGCAGAGUCCCUCCCUUCUGACAAGCAGGCGACCAAGUCGGAGCUGCUCCGGCAGCUGCGGCAGCACGAGGAGCUCUCGCGGGCACAGAGAGACGGGGAGAGACCCAAAAUCAGUUUCAGUAACAUAAUAUCAGAUAUGAAAGUUGCCAAAGCUUCCACACCUCGAGUUAGUACGAGACCCGUUCAUCAGAUUCAGUUUGAUGAAGGAUCCGACGGUUUUGCCGACCAGGAGAAGACCGCUGACCACAGAAAAAGGAGAAAUAUAUUCAAGGGGAAGAGACUUAAUAUUUUUGAUCUCAAGGCAGCUGCGCAAGAGGCACCUAAAACAGAAACAGCACCUUCACUCUGGGAUGUGGAAUUUGCUAAGCAGUUAGCUGCAGUAAAUGAACAGCCCUUUCAGAAUGGCUUUGAAGAGAUGAUCCAGUGGACGAAAGAGGGGAAACUGUGGGCGUUCCCAAUUAACAAUGAAGCAGGUUUUGAUGAUGAUGGUUCAGAAUUCCAUGAACAUAUAUUUCUAGAUAAAUACCUGGAAGAUUUUCCAAAACAAGGACCAAUUCGCCACUUCAUGGAGCUGGUGACCUGUGGCCUUUCCAAAAACCCACAUCUGAGUGUUAAACAGAAGGUGGAACAUAUUGAGUGGUUUAAAAAUUAUUUUGAUGAAAAAAAGGAUAUUCUAAAAGAAAGUGGCAUACAGUUUAAUUGAAAACCAUGGACAUUUUUAUUUCAAGAUCUUGGAGAUUAUAACUAAAUAAAAUAACUUUACUAGAAGUUUA